AUGGCACCAAAGAAGGAUAAGGCUCCUCCGCCGUCAUCGAAGCCGGCGAAAUCAGGUGGUGGCAAGCAGAAGAAGAAGAAGUGGAGCAAGGGAAAGCAAAAAGAGAAGGUGAACAACAUGGUUCUGUUCGAUAAGGCUACCUACGACAAGUUGCUUUCUGAGGCGCCCAAGUACAAGCUCAUCACCCCGUCUGUUCUCUCGGAUCGUCUCAGGAUAAGUGGAUCACUGGCGAGGAAGGCUAUUAGGGAGUUGAUGGCUAGAGGCUUGAUCAGAAUGGUGUCUGCUCAUUCAAGCCAGCAGAUAUACACCAGGGCCACCAACACUUAG